AACCGAGGAGCGUCGUUACUUCAGAAGGCGUCGUGCUACAACAGCUUUUCUUGAAGAUUUAGCCGUCUUAUCCAAGAUUUGACGAUACUGGCAGUAACUUUUUUAGCAGCUUCAUAAACUGUAUGAGGCAUGUGACAAACAGCUGGCUAGAAAGGGAGGGCUUUGAGGAGAAUAAGAAUGGCGAGUCAGACAACUCCAAUUUACCCAUCCUCAACCGAGAAACGAAAGGACGAUAACUCUGACCGAACUGCCUCGAAUUCGCACGCUCAUAUUUUACCAGCGCCAUCUGCAGGUCAUGGAGACCAGCAUGUAAAAUUUCAGCCUCUACAGAAGACCACAAUUGUUGCUCGUCCAAUUGCUCCAGCGCCAAUACAAGCCCAGAUGACGUCGCAUACAUUAGCUCGUGUUGGACCGGUCCAGACUGUGGGCAGUGCACUUCCAAGCAAUACAUUAGUAUCCACAGGGGCACCCUCAGCAUUACUGGCAUCUGCGGGUGGCAGUCUGAGUCACUCGCUGACCGGGGGAACAAGCACAGCAGCCACGGUCAGUCAGCCAGGCAUGAUCCAGAUCGCCUCCUCAGUCUCUGGGGCGCCCAUGAACUCCAUGAUGCGUGGGGCGCCCAUGCAGCCAGGGUCUGGCCAUAUGCAGUUCCCCUCACAUCUGCCUAAAGGUGCAGCUGCUGCAGUGUCUGCACUUACAGGUCCUAAAUCAGGUCAGACGGUUGCCACAGCAAUCCUCCGCCCGGGCACCCAAGGAGCGACCAUUCAAAUUCCCGUGUCAUCGACGCCAUCUGCCCCGCAGACUUUUCAUCAGCACAUACAGCCUCGUGGUGGCACCCUCCAGGGAGCACUAGUUACCCCCGUACGCCCUGGCACGCCACCCAUUACAAGGGCAAGCUCUCCUGUUAUUACGGCCCAGCUUCAACAACAUGUGGACCCUGCCCAGGCUCAUAGCAGGUCCCAGCCAAAUAGCAUGCAGUUGACAUUACCCCAGCAAAGGACCAAUGUUGAGAUGUCAGCUAAACUGCAGGCCUCGCGUGCUGGUGCGGGGGAGGUAACUGGGAAAGCUCCAGCCAGGAUGUUAGUGGACACAUCUGUUAAACUGCAGCCUGGCAAGACAGACUCCUUGACCAAGCUUCAGCCUCCCAGAACGAUGGAAGCAACUGCCAAAACGGGACAAUUUCAGAGGUCAGUUGUGGAUCCAGGGGGCAAAACUCCAGCCCACAGAACAACUGCUGGAGAAAACAGUGGUAAAAUGCAACAGAGGUCGUCAAUGGACGCGUCAUCAGCCAAGAUUUCUGUGCAUAGGCCAGUCAUGGAUCCAACAGGAAAAGUGCUGUCGGCGAAAGUCAUUGGUGACUUACCUGGUAAAGUGCAAACGCAUGUGCAAACUGUGCCAUGGACAAUGCUGGAUACCACUGGGCCAAAAGUUCAGGCUCAGAAAUUAACAGGUGUCGAAGCUUCAAACAAAAUACCAUUGGAUAGCAGUGGUGCUGGUAAACUGCAGCUGCAACGGACUGCUCUUGACGGCGCUCAAAACAAAGUGCAAGUUGUGCGGGCCACUGCAGACACUGGAGAGAAAGUGCAAAUUCAGCGCGUGAGUCGGGACACCCCAGGAAAAAUGCCACAACACAGGGGUGGUCUCGAACUCUCAGGGAAACCCCUGCAGUCCCACCUCUCUCAUCCCCAGACAAAGACAGUGCAUUUGCCCCAGCCCUAUGCCAGCACUCCCCUAUCAUCCAAAGUGGUACUGUCCCAAGUACCUGUGACAAGCGUUAACCCGCAGUCUCACCAGGGACUUCAUCAACCUAUCACCUCCAAACCUAUCAAACCAGGUGUGAUGCCUCUGUCUGUCAGCAGUAUCAGUAGUCAACUCAACACCAAUCUGUCUGUCCCCUCCCUGACCACAAUAACUACCUGUACAGGCAUAACCUCCACAAUGACCACAACCUCAAUACCCAUAGCUAAAGUUACCCCUCAGCGCCAUCAUCAACCACAGUUGGCUCCCUUGACAGGCACAACAAGUACAACGACGACCCCUGGGGUCAUAUCGAUGACGACGGGUACUGGCACCGUGACAGUUCAGGACAUGCACAUCGGGGCCCAGCCUCAGGUGGGUGGUGUCUACAUGUCGUCCGUGAACCGAGGGUCCGCGGGAGCCACACCCAUUACAACCUCCAUGGCCAUGUCAGGCCAGCCCACACAUGGAGACACUCGCACAGAGAGAGCCAGUGGUGUGACUCACAUGGGUCAGUUUAUCUGCUCGGACUACUACACAGGCAGUUAUGGGAUGCCCCCAGGGGCCUACCAAACCAUGGUCUACCCAAACAUCACCACCUCACAGGCCCUACCCCAGGGUCCACUAAGGCCAAGACUCAUCACCAGUCCCACACCAAACCUGGCCGCCUCAUUGCAGGCUUCUAUACAGGGGGGAGGCUCAGUUACAAGGUUACCCCAUACCAUGCUGCAAGUAGACUCUUCCAGGUCACUCCAGACACAUUUUCCUGCAAACACAGAAGGGAGCAGUCUGACCUCAGAGGCAGUUACGAUUACGGUGACCUCUGGCCUUCCCACGUACACGCUGUCUCCCGCGGGUCCGACCAUAACCUCCACACAGCCUUCCCAGAAUACUCCUGGCCACUCCUCUCAAAGUGCUUCUCCACGGCCAAGUAUUCUGAGGAAGCGCACGAGUGAUGGGACUCCAGUGAAGAAGCCUUACUGCGCGCUGAAUGACAACCAGAGCCCACGGCCAGAGUCUGCUCCUCAGUCAAACAACAGCUCCCCUAAAACUCCAGUGACGGAAUCACGAGAGAACAGCCAAUCAUCGACUGACACAGCCUUAUCAAAUGAGGCCGCUCCAUUGACCUCUGAGUUCAAGGUCAAACAAGAGCUGACAGAUCCUGCAGACAACUCAGUGCCAGUUCUGAACAAUGUGGAAGCAUCACCCAGGAAAAAGCCUCGGAAACAACUUCUAAGCACUGUGGAGGAGAUUAGAGAUGCAACAUCAUCCGACGAAGAGGUGGAGCGGCACAUGGAAGUGAAGGAGGAGAGGCGUGACUCCAUCAAACAGGAAGUCAAAGAGGAUUUUUACGAUGAGGAAGGCGUUCGAUGGACCGUAGAGAGGACGAAGCCAAACAUCUCCAUUAUGAAUUUCUAUAAUUGUUCCUGGAAAGCUCGGAAUAACCAUUUUAACAAGUAUCAGGAUGUCAAACCAAAAGAAGAGAGGCGACCAACUGUUAACGAGCUGUCAAAUAGCAAAAGUGUGCUUCAGAAAGCCACAGGAUGGAGACUAUACUACAUGGCUGCACAGUUAGAAGAUCUGAAUGACCUGGAGAAGCAGAUGUGUUCUCAGAUCACAGACAUCCAGUCGUCCCUUGCCCCACGGGUGAACACCCAGUCCGGUGCCCACACAGAGGAGGUAGCUGCUAGUCGGGUGCAUGAACUCACACAGGGUAACAUUCAAAGAUGUCAGCUGGUAAAUGAUCAGCUAGCAGAGGCCAGAAACUCCAUGCUGAAGAUUUUAGACCACAAGAAAAGAAUUCUAGAAAUCAUCAACAAGCACAUGAGCAAACGACCAAUCAAGAAAAAGGAAAGGUCCUAGCCAGAAGUUGUUGUGUUGUUUUUUGGGGGGGUUUUUUCGCUUCAGGUUAUUUCUUUCUUCUAUGCUUUUAUCAUCGUAGAAAGAAACUUUCAUUGCCCUGAACAAGUUUGGAUUCCAUGUCGUUCACAUGAAACUGUCUCUGGGAUGUCAUUGGAUGAUUCCAGUGGGCAAUUCCAAAUUCUCUCUCUGCUGAUUGGUGCAAGACUGAAAAAAAACAGCCAAUGAGAGCCAUUGUUACAAGACGGUCAUGUCUAGCCAAAGACUCACUGGACAAAGCUCCAAAUGUUGACUUUUGUUUUUAUUAUUGAGAUCUGAACCAGACCCGUGGCUGGCUGGUUUGUGUGCAACAUAACUGUUAUGUUGGAUUUUAUCGUUGAAUUUAAUCAGAAUUGGGUGCCAGGUUAGUGCUUGAUUAGGCCCGAUUUUUAACUGCUUGUACAUUGUACAGUUUAUUGUACAACACAGUUUAAAGUAUCCUCGAACAUGUUGAUGUACAGAGGACAGAGUGAUUUACAUGUGUACGAUUUGCAGUUUGAGUCGUUAUCUGUUUGAAGGUUACCGUUGUAGUUCAUACAUGGACAGCGUAGAUAUUAUUUGUCAUGAAAUUGAGGCAGGUUCUUCUGGAAGCAUUUUUAACCAAGGCAGCAGAUACUCCAGUCAAUCCAGCCUCUGUCACAAUUGGAGAAAUUGUAUCUGUAAUUUUUUCAUUAGGUGUAAAAAAAAAAAAACCCAACAACGGCCCGUAUUCAGGAUGAAGCUUCAUAGUAUUCAUCGCUUCACAUGAUGAGUGGAACUAGUGCAUGAAAACUCUGUUUCUUUUUUGUUUGUUUGUAUUUUUUUUAGUCUCAUGCUUUAAAUCGCUCACUU